AUGGAGCACCCCGCCUCGUACCGGGAUACCAAGGACGCCAAGGACAGCGCCAUCUCGCCCGCCGCUCCUCAACGAACGCCCUCCUCCUCGAGCCUGCACAAGUCCGGCCAUAGCCAUCGCUCAAGCUUCGCUGAGAACCUGCGCGGCUUGCCACCCUCUCCACGCGCCCAGCGACACCCUUCCUUCACGCAAUCCGCCAUUCAAGAUCUACUGAACAAUCCGCCCAACCAGAAACACCACAACCCUCGCUUCGCCGGCCGAGACUGGCGAGAUGUCGCCAUCGGGGAGCUUGUCGCGAAGGACGAUGUCAAGUGGGUAGAGAUGGACACGAGCGUCGAGGAUGCUUCAAUGGCACUCGUCAAGCACACCUCGAGCAACGUAGUCCUGAUUCGCGAAGAUGCCACGAGCACCAAACCCGUGUCGACUUUCGAUUACAGCGAUCUGAACGCCUAUAUACUAGUCGUCGUCGGCCUGGCACACCCAAGCGAGGAUCUUGUCGAGCUGUACGACGUCUUGGCCAAGAAGGCCCAGGACCGGGUCAGCAUUCCGCUUCGAGAUAUCCAACCUAUAUGCCGCAAGGAAUCGCUUGUCACUCUCCCCGGAGACCAGAAUCUGUUCAGCGCGAUCGAAGCGUUUGGUAGCGGCAUACAUCGGAUCCUGGUCACGAACCACAGUGGAGAAGUUGUUGGCAUACUAAGUCAGCUGAAGCUCAUGGAAUUCUUCUGGAAUGAGGGCGGCCACUUUCGAGCCGUCGAUGAGCUAUACAGUUGCACCAUGCGUGAGUUGGGGGUCGGUUCUCAACAGAUAAUAGCUGUCAAUGCCGACAGUCCCCUGACAGAAGCCCUCAACCUGAUGAGCCAGGAGGGGCUGACGAGUGUAGCCGUUGUCGACAACGGCCUGAACGUUGUCGGCAAUAUUUCGACGGCAGACGUCAAACUGCUGACCAGCUCCACAAGCCUCCCACUCCUGCAGAACACUUGCAUGCACUUCAUUUCCGUUAUUCUGACUGAACGCGGCACGGAAAAUGGCAAAGAUUCAUUCCCGGUAUUCUAUGUCAACCCCUAUUCGACGCUCGCGCACACUGUGGCCAAGCUCGUGGCUACCCGCUCUCACAGGAUGUGGGUAGUCGAGUCGGCUUCCCCCUCGCCAUCCGCGCCGAGUACGCCUUCGCUCGGUCCCACCGUCUUCAUGCCCAACACACCGUCAGCUGCGCAAUCGUCCACCGGACCUCACUUUCCCUCCGUCCCAGCCUCCUCGCUCUCGGGGUCCCACCUAUCAGGCCGCCUGAGUGGCGUUGUCACAUUGACAGAUAUUCUCAACUUAUUCGCCAAGUCCACGGGUCUGAACCCGUCGGACCCGAAUGAGCAGCGCGCGCGCAGACGAAGGAGCUCGAGCAGCUCGCUGCGGCCCUCGCUCGAUUCGUCGCGCGCGAGCAUUGAUAUCCGACGCUGA